AUCUCGGGAUAGCCACCUUCCCAGCCCUGCCAGGAAAGCGACAGGUGAGCAAGCUCCGACCGACACCCGCGAACCCGGCCCACGAGCAAGCUCCGCACGCGCGAGCCCACCGGGCACCCCUCUCGUUCCCGCGCCUACCGCCUGGCCGCGCUUUCUGCCGCCGUCGCUGCCGUCUUCCUCGCCCUCAGGCUGCGGCGGCUGCUGGAACCGCCGGCCCCGCGCCCGCCGCCCCAUGGCCCACGCGGCUGCACACGCGGAGCGCACACAGCGACCCACCAAGCCGCACGCACGCUGCACUUCCGGCUGCAUCCCGAGGACCCCGCGGCUGGGUCCUAGCAGGGGCAGUCAAAAAUAUGCCUGAAAGACACAACAUGCUCCGGCCGAGAACUCACGCGAUAAAAGGGUGGUAUUCCUAUAGAGAACGUGUUUCCUCAAAACAACCUUAAACGCCACUGAGCGUGAAUCUCCCCGUCUUACACAGAGACUCAGGCACCUGCAUGGACGAUCUGAUCGUAGCGCGUGCGCAGAGAGUCAUGGAGUGCUGGCCGAUCUGUCGCUGUCCGGGUUAGACUGUGGAGGGGCGUGGUUGCAAGUUGGGCGGGGCGGAGCGAGAGUCAGUUUCGAGCGAAGAGGCGGGGUCUUUGCUGUGUAGGCGGGACUUUGUGGGUGACGCGAGGCUCUGGUGCUCCGCUGUGGAGCUGAGGGGGCGGAGCUCCGGCUAAACUUUUCGCGAGCCAAAGGAGCUCUCAGCCAAUGUGUGUAGCGCUCCAAGAUCGGGAGGGGCUCUGAGGGGCGGGGCUCUAGGCUAAGGCGCCCCCCGAGAGGGCGUGGCUCCCUGUGUGGGCGGGGUUUUACCCAAUCGGUCUCUCGUUUGUAUUCCGGGCGGGAGGGUAUCUUCUGGUGGUGCUUGCCUUUGCUCCUGUCUCCGCCCGAGCAGGUGGCUCGCCCCUCCCCUGGGCAGGUACACCCUGCUGGAGCGCUGGCCCUUGUGGGCUGCUCUGCGCCCUCCUCCUGAGCUUAUAUGUGGCUCCAUUUGGACACCCGAGCAUGGAGCACGCUGCUCGACCUCAGCUAUGGAGUUGGAUGAGUUGUGCCUAAUGGAUGCGCUAGUCUACCUGCAGGGUUUCCUGGCUUUCGUGGCCUUCGUGGGGCUCCAGAUGGUGGGCUCUUCCUACGGCCGCUACUCCUCACAGUGGUCCGGCCGCCGAGUGCCCGCGCGACCUGCCUGGUUCCUACAGGAGCUGCCUUCAUUGAUUUGGCCGCUGUACGAGUGCAUCCGUCCUGCAGCCGCCCGACUGGACAACCUGCCUAACCGCGUCCUGCUGGCUAUGUUUCUGAUCCACUACGUGCAAAGGACGCUGGUUUUUCCGGUUCUGAUCAGGGGAGGGAAGCCCACCCUGCUGUUCACCUUUGUCUUGGCCUUCUUGUUCUGCACCUUAAACGGCUACUUGCAGUGCCGGUACUUGAGCCAGUUUGCGGUGUAUGCUGAAGACUGGGUAACCCAUCCCUGUUUCCUGACAGGCUUUGCCCUGUGGUUAGUGGGCAUGGUGAUAAACAUUCACUCAGACCACAUCCUGCGGAAUCUGAGAAAACCAGGGGAAACUGGAUACAAAAUACCCAGGGGAGGCCUGUUUGAAUAUGUAUCUUCAGCCAACUAUUUUGGGGAGCUCGUGGAGUGGUGUGGCUUUGCACUGGCCAGCUGGUCCCUCCAGGGCGUGGUGUUUGCUCUGUUCACCCUGUGUGCACUGUUCACCAGAGCGAGGCAGCAUCAUCAGUGGUACCACGAGAAGUUUGAAGAUUACCCCAAAACAAGAAAAAUACUAAUUCCAUUCCUGCUUUAGUGUGCUGUCCAUGCUAUUGCCUUCCAUAAGCUGAGUGUCUGUCUUCCUGGUGACUUUGCUCUGAGCACAUACAAGUGAAUUGUUUUCCUUAAUUCUCCUGCAGUUCCAUAGUUCUCAGGAAGGGCAAUGGGAGGGUGUUGUCCCCUGGUAAAGGACAAAGCCACACAAAAACUAAUCCACCAUGUACAGUUAGGGGCUACAGUGCCUAGUAGGUGAGAAGCAGGGAGCAAUGGGUCAUUUCGGUGCCUCUGGCUUCUGGUACCCCUUACAACAAGAAUCCCACCCAGGCCAGCAGCAGUCACAUUCCUCCUUCAGAGAUAUAUGUUCUGCCUGCUCAGCCCUUGCCACAGAGGCCUGGAGGUGUGGGAGUGUGGCCCAGGGGCAACCUGCCAUCCUUGACUACAGACCCCUUUGACCCCCAGACACUGCUAAGAGAAGUGUUCCUACAACGUGUCCUGUCCCUAAGAGGUGAGACUUCACAGUAUCCAUUCACUCCCUGAGCCCAAUUUUGUUCUUCCUUUGGACUAGAAUUCAUUAAGGUCCUUAAAUAAAUAAAUAAAUAAAUAAAUAACACUCUUAAUAUUAUAAAACAAAAUGUCAAAACAGAAUUUCCUAUCUUGAAUGCACCCCAAGGACCAAUCAUGGCACAUGAAGAUGGAAAGCUCAGGGCUAGCCUGGGCUUUGUAGGGAGACCCCCUUUGGGGGAAAAGAUGAUAACAACCGGCUAACAAGCCAAGGAAUUGACAGCAGUAAUAAAAGGUGCCACCCACACAAGCACCAGCUUGGUUGGGAGAAAGAUGUUCACCCAGGAUACUAACCCCACUGUGGCCCUGGGCAGUCUGAGGACCACUGGUGAAGAGCCAUCCCCACUGGAUGGAUAAGCACUGCCCCAGGGCAGCAGCUGCACGUACCACUCACCCUUCGCCAUCAGAUGCCAGCACGAGAGAAAGCAGAACAGACAGGAGUGUGUGCUCUGAUCCCAGUAAAGAUGCUGCAGGAAGACCUGCAGGCACACCUAACGGUGUGCACAGUGCCCACCACCUGCCUUUCCUGCACGUACCACCUGCUGUUCUUGUCCCCACCUCUGUGUGCCCACGGCCACCUUCCCUUGCCUUCCCAGCAGGGCUUCCUCAGCUCUUUUGCUCUCAGACAGAAACAAUUCUCUGUGCUUCUGGUUCGCAGAAUGUCUAGGCUUGACCCAGGAAACUUCAUGAUGCAGCUACUUCAUUUUAACAAAGGACAAUCCUUUACCCUCCCCUUUUCGGACCAAGGAACUGUUUGAAAACCUAAAGCACUAAAUAUUGUAGCUCUUUUCUCAAAACCUUAGUGAGGCCUACCUGGUGUGUUCUGAAAGGUUUGUGUGGGAGGAUGUACGCAGCUGAGACCCUGGGGUUGUUUGCUGUGAAUUUGACCUCCUUUGGAGGGCAUGGUGCUAAAGUUGGAACCCAGGACUUCAGGUUGCUAGGCAGAUGUCCUGACACUAAGCCACAUCACAUAUUAGCCCUGUGAUGCCUCUUUGUUUAUGAAGGACCAAAGUGCCCACAGGCUUGUAGUUGCUCCCCAUGAUAAGUGAGAGAUUAAGAGGAGUCUUGUACUAACACUAUACUCUACUUCAUUCCCUGAAACUUGUUAUUUACUUGUGUAAACCCUGCUUAUUAAGGAAAUAAUAAAACUACAGUUAUAAGUCCA